UCUCGCUCUGUUUGCAUCUAAACGAACAAAACAAAAAACUUUAAAAAAUGUCUGGACGUGGUAAAGGAGGAAAAGUUAAGGCUAAGGCCAAGUCUCGCUCAAACCGUGCUGGAUUACAAUUCCCAGUCGGUCGUAUUCACCGUCUUUUGCGCAAAGGCAACUAUGCUGAGCGUGUUGGUGCCGGUGCUCCGGUUUACUUAGCUGCCGUCAUGGAAUACUUGGCCGCUGAAGUUUUGGAGUUGGCAGGAAACGCUGCUCGUGACAACAAGAAGACCCGUAUCAUCCCACGUCACUUGCAAUUGGCCAUCCGUAAUGACGAAGAAUUGAACAAAUUGUUGUCCGGAGUCACAAUCGCACAAGGUGGUGUCUUGCCCAACAUCCAAGCUGUCUUGUUGCCCAAGAAGACCGAAAAAUCAUCAUAAAUUACUCGUCUCACGAUCUCACACAAACGGUCCUUUUCAGGACCAAC